UGUGUGGAGAACGCAGCCGGACCCUUGUGAUCAGCUGUGACCGUGGGAAACGGACCCACUGCGAUCAUCCGGACUUGCAGCAACCCACCUUUGGACCGGAAACUUUUAAAAAGAAAGCAAUAAUUAAAGGCACAUCAUGGAGUUUCGGGGUACUUGUAACGUUACUCUCGCAUCGCUGAAAGCUUCAUCGGACGCCGUGAGCUAGUGGAAAGUAAACACGUUUACUACAGCGCGCUCCACUCGGACUGUUUUUAUAAGUUUGUCAUUUCGUUAUCAACUUGCACUGAGCGCGCGUCCGUCUGCCUGCGGGGACGCCCAUGGAUCGAGAACGCGGAAGGGUCCCGAGCUGAACCCCCCUCAGAAAUCAAUCCAGGAGAGCUCGGACCAACAGCCGAGAGCAGCCAGUGAUGGACAGCUUGGGUCGGGCUGAACCCCUGCUGAUAUACGGGCUGUCAGUUACACUGGAGUCGCGCGAUGUUUUUGUAAUAUCGUGAUAAUGCCUCAUCGUAUUAUCAUAAGAAAUUUUCUUUAAUUGUAACAACUGGAAGACUGUGUGUGAGCACUUUUUGGCUAAAUUAUUAUUCAUUAUUUUUUAAUUUUCUCUCAGCGUGGGUCCUGUCAGAUGAUUGUCGUGCAUGAAUAAAUGAUGAGUGUAGUUAGUUUGUGAUGAGGCGGACUGCGGCGCGCGCGCGAGGACACUCUGGUGGAAUUAUUGCGCAGUUUUUAAAAUAACGGAAAAACGGAUCACGGAGCCACGCACCCACGCGCACUCAUGGCACAGAGUCCGCCUGCGAGAGAAAACGCCUGUCGAAAAUUCCAGGCCAAUAUUUUCAACAAGAGUAAAUGCCAAAACUGCUUUAAAGCCCGUGACGCGCACCUGCUGAGUGAUGACGACUUUACACAGGCGAAACCCAUCUAUGGAGGAUGGCUUCUCUUGGCACCUGAGGGCACAAAUUUUGAAAAUCCUAUUCACCGAUCACGGAAAUGGCAGAGACGCUUCUUCCUUCUCUACGAGCAUGGACUGCUACGUUACGCGCUGGAUGACAUGGCCAGCACUCUUCCACAAGGCACAAUAAACCUGAAUCAAUGUGUGGAUGUUGUGGACGGUGAGAGUCGCUCGGGACAGAAACAUUCGCUGUGUAUCUGCACGCCAGAGAAAGACUAUUACGUACGUGCCGAGAACAAAGAAGUCAUACAUGGAUGGCAGGAUGCGCUUAUGGUGUUUCCACGAACCAACAAACAAAACCAGAAGAAGAAACGGAAAGUAGAAACGCCCACCCAACAGGCUACUGCUCUGCUAACGGGUCGAUGCUCCCAGCAGAACAUGAAUGGGUUUAUUGAACCAGGUCCGGCGAAGGUUACAGUCACCAGCAGCAGUAUGGUGUGUCUGCCGAGCACUAUAGCACACGCCGAGCGAGUGCCGUCCACCCGCGCCUCUCUGUGGCAAGAAGAGACGAUGAAUCGAGCCUCCAUACCGACAAGUUGCAGUACAGGCAGUCUGAGCCAACUUUCAGAAGACUCUGUGAGCUCGAGCGUUGGUCGUAAGCCACGGGUGGAGAGCGGAUAUUUUUCUCUGGAGAAAAACAAACCAGAAGAAGAUGAAGGACGACAGCAUCAGCGAGAACAGGAACCAUCUUCUUCCCGCUCCAGGUAUCUCUCCUUUUAUCCCGAAGUCUUCAGUUCUCCAGUCAGCCCUACACACACGUCACAUGACACACGCACGCUGCUCAAACGCGACUCGCACAUAGCUGCUAACCUACAGAUGUCCGGCGACGUGUGCGUUCCUCUGAAAAAACACAGCAAGCACUCGGAGGACAUACAGAGACCUACCAGAGCAGACAAGUGUCUGGAUUCCCAAUCCUCAUCAGGCACUAAGCAAAGUUCCUCCCCACUUCUCACACCUGAUACACCUCCAGAUACAAACACAUACACGAGUCACACAAACAUUCUCCCAUCAUCACUGUCCUCAUCCCAGAGUUCUUUGGACUCUGAGCAGAGUAUGCAAAACCGUGGCGUGGGCAGGACGGGUCGAGGCGGGCAGGGAUAUGCCACCCUGGCGGACGUCCCUCGGGCGAAGAGACUCAAUCAUCGGGAAGCGUUCCGAUCCAGCCAGAAACGCCAGGAUGUGCGAGCACGCACGAGGAGCCCGGGCAGAGAGGAAAUUGAGCGACUGUUUGGACGGGAACGAAGACGUUCUCAAGUCAUCGAACGGUUUGAGGGUCAAGACACUGUCGACGCUCCAGAGCAAAUGGACACAGCGAAUUCUUUGACAGACCCCGCCCCUUCCUACUCCUCAACAACAAAUCAGAGAGCAGGACGCAAUGAGCGCCGCCUCUCUAACCAGAAACAGGAGUUUUCACUUGAUUCUGGUCAAGGCCGAACAGAAGCCGUUUCAUCGCUUGUUGGUUACCGAAGAGCUAAAAGUCUGGACCGCAGAGCCACCGAGACCCUCAUGACUCCUGACCUGCUGAAUUUUAAGAAAGGAUGGAUGACCAAACUUUACGAAGAUGGAUUGUGGAAGAAACACUGGUUUGUCCUGACGGAUCAGAGCUUGAGGUUCUACAGGGACUCGAUCGCUGAGGAGGCUGCUGAUUUGGAUGGAGAAAUUGAUCUAUCCAUGUGUUACGAUGUCACAGAAUUCCCAGUUCAGAGGAACUAUGGCUUUCAGAUUCUCAGUAAGGAGGGAGCGUUCACGCUGUCUGCUAUGACCUCUGGGAUACGUCGUAACUGGAUUCAGGCCAUUUUGAAGAACAUGCGGCCCACCAUCGCUCCAGACGUCACACGGAAAAACGUCUCUCUGAAACUUUCAGUUCUUAUGCCCAGUCCCCUUCCGGAGGAGCGAACCAGAUCGAAUUUGGAGGAAACCUUCAUCCAACCCCCGUCUAACUCUUCACAACUAUCCAACAACUCUGGAGUUGAAACCCAGAGGACACGUGAGGACAUCACAGAUUCUGCACCUCCACCCGAUCAUCGUAAGAGCCGCGUCUGCAAGCGAGAAGGGCGGUCUAAAACCUUCGACUGGGCAGAGUUUCGCCCCGGACAGGAAAACGGGGUUGAACACACUUCAAGGAAGAGGGCAGAUACUAUAGAAAUUAACUCUACACCCACUCCUUCCUCAACCUCCUCUUCCCCUAUUUCUAGUACCUCUUCACCUCAGAAUUCCACUAACCAUACUGAGAAUUUAACACAGCAAGAUGAAGAAGUGGUCAAACGGCCUCAAGAGUGCCUCCAACAGACUGCACCUUCAGUAGGUGCAGUCAAUGCAACUACGGGGUCCGAGACUAUUUCAAAGACCCACAAAGUGCCUCAGGAACAGGCGAGAAUGGAGAUAGACCAACCAAGAGACGUGCAGGAGGUUGAUGGUAAUCACGUAACUCACAGAAACUCUGACGUCCAGGUGGAGAUUGAGCAGAGGUGGCAUCAGGUAGAAACCACACCGCUCCGAGAGGAAAAGCAGGUACCAAUCAAUGGCAGCUCCAGCACCUCAAAUGCACCUGAUGGGGAAAGGCCCCCUACACAAGAAAUGACCACUAUACUGGAAAAAGAGUUGGGUCAGGCACACAAGGAACUAGCCAGACUCCAGCAACAAAACAGUUUCUUACAGGAACAACUUCAAGAUUCACGCGAGAGAGAGCAGAGCGCCCGGGAGGGAUACGUACUACAGAGCGACACAAGCACUGCAAAACCUCCAUCUGAUGCAGCUUCUAUGUCGGUUCACAAAGCCCCGUGGAAACGCAUCAACAAGCUGAACCAGGAUAUAAAGACAGAGCUAGAUUCCCAGCGACGUAAGCAUGACAAGGCCAAUCAACAAGUUAACAUCUUAAGGCGUAGCUACAGUGAAGCGCAAGAUCUAAUCGGCCACCAUGAGGCUGAAAUAGAAGCCUUGCAGGAGAAGCUGACGGCAGCCAUGGAGGAGAUCAUAGCAAGCGAGCAGGCGGUGGCACGUAUGCGCAGUGAUUUGAAAAUAGAGCGAGUUCGUUGUCAUGAACGCGAGGAGGAAUGGAUUCGAAAUGAGGGGACCUUGCGCAUACAACUGCGAGAGAGUGAGGAACGUCUUCGGCAAGUAGAGGCUAGUCUGCUGGAGAAGAGUCAGGAACUGAGACAGCUAGAGCAACAGCAAGCAUUACAUAGGGACCAGCAUCGUGAUGUACAGAGACUACAGGAGAGACUCACGGAGGCCACAGGGCGUCUGAUUGCCAUGGAGGAGGUGCAGGCUCUCCGUGAGGAGCGUGAGAGAAAAGAGCAGAAAUGUCUGGAUGAAAAACAUGAGCGGGAGCGGCAGGGGUUAACCAGGAGGUUGGCGGAAUCCGAAGAGAGGAGGCGUGAGAUAGAGGAGCAGCUACUGGAGAUGCAGGAGCAGGUGGAGGCGCUGUUGAGAGGGAGUGGUGAAAUGGAAAGUGUAAGCCUCAGAGAGCAAGUGCAACGUCUUCAGCAGGAGUUGGAGGCACAGAGCGAUGUUUUGGAAAUUUUGCGGGAAAGUGUGAGGAGGUUGGAAGAGGAACGUGAUCAACUUACUUGUCGCUGUCAGGAACUCCUGAAUCAGAUUGCUGAGGCAGACAGGGAGGUAGGAAAACAACAGGCAUGUUUAACAACAGUGGAAACAGACUAUCGCUGUCUUGAGAGUUCGUAUGAGCGUGUUUCAGAAGAGUUUGCUAGGAUAAGUCAUGUGCUACGAGAGAAGGAAGAAGAGGUAAAGGAGACAAAGGAGAUGUAUGAACAACUGAUAAGACAGAAGGAGGAAGAUUUAAGUGAGGCCCUCAUUAAGAUGGCUGCUUUAGGCAGCAGUCUGGAAGAAACAGAACUUUGUCUGCAGCAAAAAGAAGAACUUCUUUCAAAGAUGGAGCGUGAAUAUCCAGGGCUGGUAGAGUCGCGCAGAGCUGAACAAGAACUGCAAACAAAACUUGUGAUUGCAGAGGAUCGCAUUGCAGAGCUAGAGGCACAUCUUAAGGCCCUGAAACUUGGAUAUGCAGAUCUCAGGAUGCGUCGUUGUCGCUCGCAGGAAGACAUGUUAGAUGGUUUGAAAGAGGUGCGACAUGAUGUCUCAUCCUCAAAUCCUUCCCAACUUUCACUCACAAGAAGCACUUCAGAGACAGAAAUGUCUUUGGUGAAAAGGCAGAGGAUUCGCUUUUCUACCAUCCAAUGCCAAUCAUAUCACCGCGCUCAGGGAGUAGACAAGGAUCAGGCAGAAAACACAUCUUUAAACCUUACACAAGAUCUGAGCCUGGACCACAUUUAUGACACGAGUCUGACCCAGGAUUUCAGUGUAGUCAGUGAUAGUUCAUUAGAGCAGUGCAGAGAUCCAGAGAAGUUCAUCUCCAUCAUACGUAAUCUAGAAACCAAGCUGCUGGCCACUGAGGAAAAGCUCAGACACCUUGCUGAGAAGGUACAUGAAGAACCUGAUCGUUCAUAUGUGCAGGAACACUCGAGCACCAGAGCUACCAUGGAGGACUGUACAACUAAAACAUGUGAUGAAUUACCAAUGGAUCAUCCCAGCCAGAAAUUCCUUAAUACUUGUACUGACAGUAGAGUCUUAAGUGAUGAAUAUGAGAAAGCUUUGGCAUUGGUAGAAUCUUGCACAGAGAAAGUCAGAGAAAUCCUUAGCAGUAAGAAUGAGACCACCACUGCUGAAUCUCUCGUUUGUACUCUCGCAGAAGUGGAGAAAUGUCUGGUUUGUGCCACUGUAUACCUAAGGCAGAGAGGCAUGUCGUAUGAACCACAGCUGACCUCUCAGGCUUCAGAGUCACUGAAGCAAAGUAUAAAGCAGUUCGCAGCAACCUUAACCUUUGAAGCUGAAGUUCUGGAGAAGAUGGGGUUCUCUCUGCAGGAUCUGAACUCUGAUAUGAUUUCAGCCCUAAACUCCAUUCACAAAGAUGCAGAAAACAUCAAGGAGAAAAGCGAUGGCUGUCUGUCAGUCAUCUACGCUGAUAUGCUUACAAGGAAACUUCUGCUUGAGACUAUGUUCUUUGAAGAGGUGGAAAAGCUUGAGACGGGUGCUAAUACAGCAAAUAGUCCUUUUUCUGAGGGUGUCAUUAAGAAUGCCUGCAUUAGUGCUGAGCUUGCAUAUUCACUUCAGAAUUUAACAACGAAUUUCCAGGACAAGUUUGAUGAACUUCACAGGGAUUUGGUCAGAGCAAAUGAGACCUUGAAACAAAGAGGUGUAGCUCUGAAAGAUGCUGUUAACUUGUCAAAUUGUGCUGACAUGACCCAAACCAACAGUGAUGAAGUUCAGCUUGCUGAUGUCACCCCUCCUGAACUUGCCCCCUAUAUGGAGCAAAUUAAGAGGGAGGAAGCACAAAGCUUAGCCGCAGAGAUCGUACAGAGACACCUGUCUGAUGGUGCACCAUUCCACAGAGCUGAAUCUGAAUCACAUUUGCAAAUAGGCUGGGAAAAUCUGGUUGCUGAGCUUAAGAAGCAAGCACAAGCCCUCCGUAGUCUCUCUUGUGAGAUUGAGAGGAUCUGCGUGGAAGGAGAAACCGAUUCACUUUCUAGACUUGCAGAAGCAAUUAAGUUCAGUUCAUGGCAUGGUGACUCUAGCUUGCUAACAAGUAGCUCGAUUUGCAUACGAGAAGCCCUGAUGCAGGCACAGGUUGCUUAUGUCGCUUGCAGGUUGCGAGCUGGUCAUAAAAGGGAACUUUUUCUCUGCCAAGAAACCAGCCGCAACAUGGCAGCCCUGGUCCAGGAACACGCUGAGAGUGUUGCAGCCAUCCAACGGCACUACCAGAGCUGUUUGGAAAAAGAACAUCUCAGCUUUACUGGGACUAUUAGCUCCUUGCAGGAGGAAAAUGACAUGCUACGAGGGGAACUGUCUUAUAAACUGAGGGAGCUACAGGAGCAACGGCAAACCCUGAUCCAGUUAGAAGAGGCAUUUCAUAGAGAGAAAGAAGAGUUAAAGAACAGGCACUCAGAGGAGUUGGGGAGGGCAGAACAUGAGCAAAUAACUAGAGAGCUGGAACUAAUGGAAAGUGCUACUAACAGCCAACGCCAGCUUGAGACCCUGCUGCUAGAAAUGGAGGAUGCUGAUCUGAGGCACAAGGAGGAGAUUCGAAAAUUGGAGCAGGAAUUUCAGGUGAAGGUCCAAGAACUAGAAAAAGCCAACAGAGACGAGCUCCACAAGCUCCAAGAAUGCUACAGCCAGACCAUAUGUUCAUUGGAGGAGAAGAGCAAGGGAAUGGAGAAAAAAGCUGAGGAUGAUCCUACGUUGUGUCUUAUGGAAGAAAGUGGUGGAUUUGAUCAGGCUGUCUGCAGGGAUUCAGAGUCUCUGCUGAGAGUCAGAGAGUUGGAGAUGCAGUUAAGCAUCAUGAGAGAGGAGCUGGAGCAGAAACCAUUGGAUGGAGAUCUGACCAGCCUGAAGGAGAAGUACCAGCGAGACCUGGACAGCCUCAAGUCCACAUGUGAGCGUGGAUUCGCAGCGAUGGAGGAGACGCAUCAGAAGGUUAUCGGGGACAUCCAGAGGCAUCACCAGCGAGAGAUCCAGAAACUUCUUGAGGAGAAAGAACGACUGCUGGAGGAAGAAACUAAUGCCACCAUUGCUGCGAUCGAAGCCAUGAAAAACGCUCAUCGAGAGGAACUGGAGAAAUCGCAGCGGGCGCAGAUGAGUGGGAUGAGCGGGGUGAGCGCAGACAUCCAGGAGCUGCGCAGACAGUACGAAGAAGAGCUGCAGUCCAUUCACCGUGAGCUGGAGGUUCUGUCUGAGCAGUACUCACAGAAGUGUUUAGAGAACGCUCAUCUGGCACAAGCACUGGAGGCCGAGAGACAAGCGCUGAGCCAAUGUCAGAGAGAGAACCACAAACUACACACACACAACCAGGAAUUAAAUCAUCGUUUAAAUGAGGAAAUCACUCGCAUGCAGACCUGCAUCACAGGAGACGAAUCAAAAUCUCGUCUGACUCACGGCAGAGACGUCUAUGAACUGGAGGUUUUACUGCGUGUGAAGGAGUCUGAGAUUCAAUACCUCAAACAAGAGAUAAACUCUCUAAAAGAUGAACUGCAGUCAGCAUUACAAGAUAAGAAAUAUGCCAGCGAUAAAUACAAAGACAUUUACACAGAGCUGAGUAUCGUGAAAGCAAAAGCCGACUGUGACAUCAAUAAACUGAGAGAGAAACUUCUGGCUGCUACCGAGGCGCUCGGGGAGUUAGACGCGGAGGGAGCCGCUGUUACUGCUGGAUACGAUAUUAUGAAGUCCAAGAGUAACCCUGACUUUCUGAAAAGAGAAGCGUCUAGACAGUUACGUGGAGUCAGGUCAAAGGUAGAGAGUGAGGGUCUGAGGUAACUGAUCGCUGUCAACCCGUCUGGUCCAACAGGUGAAGCAGAGUUUGAAAGAGGGAUUAACGGUACAAGAGCGAAUGAAACUGUUUGAAACGAAAGACUCCAGGAAGAUUUAAGAUUCUUUGAAGACUCCUCAGAGUUUCUCUCUUUCUCUUAUUCUUUAAAUCUUUUUAUGUUCUGAUUUCGAUCUUCACGGUCGGUAGUAACAGCAGGGUCCUUUUCUGUUUUAAUGUUUUGUGAAUUAAGGGAAUGUUUAAAUAUUUACACAGAAUAAACUUUGCCAACCUUAAACUCUCAUAUUUUAGAUGUUUGUAUGAAUCUGUAAUCAUCAGAAUAUAUUGACACUCAGUAUUGACUUUUAACACUAACUUUAUGUGUAUAUUUUUGGCUGCUUAAGGAUUCUGGUGUGGUUUUAUGAUAAAUGAAUAAUUAUUGAGAGAUGAUAUUUUGCCAAUGACUUUGUAAAUACGAGUAAAGUUUUAUGUGUUGGUGAAGGUAAUAAUUCAGACUUUCUAGUACUGUAACUUUAUUGAGGUGAAAUCAUUUGGUUUAAAUAAGCUGGGAUAUCUGAAAACAGUGAUGUUAUGAGCAUAAAUGUGUUUUUUGACCGUCAUACAGUUUCGGGUGAAUGUGCCGAAAUCAUUUACUUGAGUUGAAUCUUAUUGCUGUUUUUAAUCGCUUUUGUGUUGCUUUUGGUUAAUGCAAACAUUAAAAAUAUAAAGCAACCAAACUCGAUAUCUACUGUCAGUCUUGCAGCAUACAACAAAAAGUUUGGCUACUGUUUUUUUUAACAUAGGACAUUUGUAUGUGAGUUUGUAAAGUGCUGUUCAUUACAGGCUUUUGCAUGAAUAUAAAGCACUUUGAUAGUCGCAGUGGUUUAUUUCUGUUAAAAAUACUGAAGACACAAGUAAGAAAACUCACUGUAUAAUAUUCAGUACUUGCUUUGUAAAUAUUUGGUUUUAGAGAGAAUUUCUUUAUCCUGUUUGCUUUGUCAACAUAGUGAAAAAUAAAUAUCUUUAUAUCUAUCUGUAAACAUCACGUCUACUUUUAAUUGCCUAUCUACAGUAUAUUUUUAUUGUCACGUGUGCGAAUGUGAUACGUCUGUAAUAAAAAUGUUUUCGAAUCAUG